AUGUUGGCGCGAGUUGCGAGGCGCUCUCUGCGCCUCUACCGUACACCAGCGCCCCCAAUUCAAGUGCCCAUAUCGUAUCUACAAUCUCGUGCCUACGCCAAAAACAAUAAGCCCAAAAGACCUUUCGAAUAUAGAGCGCCUACACACCCUAAUUCUACAAAUGCGCAUGGAGUCAAUGCUCCAAGACCUGGUGGGCCGGCGGUGGGUGCCGCAGGAGGACAAGUCGGCUAUCCUGCAUCUCAAAGCAGUCAGUCAGAAUUCCCUAAUACCUCGAAGCUUCAGGAAGAGUACGAUGCUAUCAUGAGCUCGAGAUCCGGCAAACAAGCAUCUAUACCCCAGCAAACCUACGGCCCUACUUCGACGAACUCCGCAGAAUCAUAUCCUCAUCCUGAUUACUCGAAACCCCCAGAUGAAGUCGGCACAUCCGCGCCAUCUGAUGGCAUCACUGUUCCUCAAUCCACCUCUGCGUCUCCCGUAGACCCCGCCGAAGCUCGAAGUCGAGAGCAGGUGCAAGAGACAAGUGGACCUCUGCCCGACUUGACACAGGGAAUACCAUCUACACUGGACGCAGAAAUGGCGUCUUCAGCCAAGGCAGACCCAGCAAGCCUGAAUGUUACCGAAGAUCCAUCGCAGCCUGGCGGUGGUGGUCGUGGAGACCUACCAAAGGAAGCUUACAUAUCAUCGAUAGAGAGGCGGCGGAAUCGGUAUGCGUCUUGGGCCGUUGCUACCAUGGCAGCCUUCUUCGUCGCUGGAGGCGUCUAUUUGGGAAGGAAUUGGGAAUCGGAAGAAGAGGAGAAGCAACACCCCGAUGCGCCAUCAGGAUGGGGCUUUGUCCUGUUCUGGAACCGGGUUAAGGCGCGUUGGAAUGGGUCGCUGAGUUACUACACGGAACCUGCUUUCCCUAAGCUACUACCGGAUACAGAUCCUGCAUGGGCAAGACCAUAUACACUUGUGGUAAGCUUAGAAGAUAUGUUGGUACACAGCGAGUGGACGCGAGAACAUGGGUGGAGGAUGGCGAAACGACCUGGUGUGGACUAUUUCUUACGAUAUCUGAGCCAGUAUUACGAGCUGGUCAUCUUCACAAGUGUUUCGUCAAUGAUCGGACAUCCCAUAAUACAGAAACUGGACCCAUACAGGCUGUUUGUCAUGUGGCCCCUAUACCGGGAGGCUACAAAGUAUCAGAGCGGAGAGUACAUAAAGGAUCUCUCGUUUCUAAAUCGAGACCUCAGUAAAAUCAUUAUGCUUGACACCGUGCCAGCACAUGCGAAGCUCCAACCCGAAAAUGCAGUCAUACUACCAAAAUGGAAAGGCGAUCCCCAAGACAAGGAGCUCGUCUCAUACAUACCGUUCCUCGAAUUCAUCGCUACAUUCGACUCCCGUGACACGCGGGAAGUUCUUAAGUCCUUCGAGGGGACACACAUUCCCACCGAAUUUGCCCGGCGCGAAGCCAAGAUUAGAGAAAAGCUCCAAAAGGAGAACGCCGAGGCAAAAGCCAAGCGGCCCCGACGAUCCGUGGGCUUUCUGGGCAAUGUCUUAGGCACCAAACCGCAAGCUGGCGGCGUGGACGGUAUGGAACACAGUCUAUCCGAGGGAUUUGAGCAGGGGAAAACAUUCCAAGACCAGGUGCGGGAGCGAGGCCAGAAGCAGUACGAGAUUAUGGAGAAAGAAGUCCGGGAGAAUGGUGAGAAAUGGUUAAAGGAGAUGGCGGAGGAGGAAAAGAAGGCGAAUGAGGAGGCGAUGAAGGGCAUGAAGUCAAGCAUCACGGGCGUUUUCCCCUUCGGGGGACGAGGUUUUGGGUCAGGGUCUGGCGAAGGAAAGCAGCCGUGA